UUUUUUUAAAAACGUAUAAAAAGCAAUAAUUCCAUUUUCAUUUUACACAAAACUAGACCCAAUCAAAAAAAAAAAAAAAAAAAAAAACUAGACCCAAUCAUAAUCCACCAGUCACAAAUUCAAAUUGAAGCCCAACGAAAAAAAUACUGAACAUGAAACAUUUCAACAACGUACAACUCAAAGUACUGUCAACCACAACAAAAAUAAACCAUGAAAAUAAAAACAUAACUCUGCCAAGGAUUAUAGGAAGGAGAAUGGGGAUAGUAGGGUUAAUCAUGUUUCUUAUAAAAGGGUUUUUGUUUGUUUGAUAUUUUCUGAUAAUGGGCUUUACAAAGAAUUAAUUAAUUAGCUUGGUAUCUAAUUUAACGGCCCAGUUAUCUCAUUCAAGCCCUGGAGGAUAGUAAACUUGGCGGCAAAGUAAGGACGGAGGAAUGUGGAACCACGAAACCUGCUUUACCCGCCAAAGUCGCCGUCUUUUACCAAGUCCACAAAGGAAAACAAACAAACAAAUAAUUAUGGAAAAUUUUUUGUUUACCAUGGAAUAUUUAGUUAUUUAGGAAAAUUAAGGAUUAAAAAUUAAACGAGAGGAUGCAGUUAUUGAGUGAGGAGUAACCGUAAGCAGAGUAAAUAUAAAUUGACACACGUUACUAUAAAUGCCGGCCAAAAAUAAGUUAAAAGAGUCGGUUACUCUUAUAGUAGUACUAUUUGGUUCCGAACCAUACUUGCAUACUAAAAAUAACGCUGCCAAAAUAAUAGUAAGAUAUGUUGUUUCUGUAUUUCUAUGAAAAUUAUCAGUGGCGGAUGUAGAGCCUACAAGGGUGGGGCAUCUGCCCCCAAUAAUUUUUUUUUAAAAACAAAUUUUCUUUACUAAAUUAUAAUGAAUUUUGAAGAAAUUGAAUAAAUUUGCCUCCCAUAAACCUCAAACCUAGGGUUAAGUAUGCCUCAUUUGUAAGUUUGAAAAUUUUGCCCCCCAUUAUAAAACUUUCUAGAUCAGCCACUGAAAAUUAUUAUAUUUCAAAUGUCUAGUUUUCAUACAUUUGUAUUGGCACUUAUUUACGGGUCUGACAAAUUUCAAACCAAAACAAAUUAAUGCGUCAAUUAGUGUUUUUUGUUGAAUUUUGGCAAUGGUUUUAAAUUUAAAAUAAUAUUUAUUAAAAGAAAUGAAUGAUUCCCUUAUAAUUAGGAAGGUCGUUAAAAAAAACUAAAACCAAGAGUAACCUCUCCUUUAUUUCCGCUCUAAAACCCUAAACCCUUUUCUUUCUCAUAUAAAUGCCUACGAGACAGUUAAGUAAACAACUUACAACAUUGAAGUCUACUUGAAUUAGAACAAAAGACACGACAUUAUCCUCUAUAACCAAAUCUCCAGGUCUUCGAUUCUCUCAGAUAUCCUCUCUUGUCUUUUCUGUCUAUGUCUAGUUUAUUUUUAUAGAUAUAAUCUAUUAGCUCGUUACUAGUUAUUAAAGCUUAAUUUAGCUUAAUAAUCAUCUUUUAAAAACUAUUCUAACUCCUUCCUGAUUGCUUCACCUUCUUCUUUUCUACAGGUUUCAUCUUUUCAAUGUCGUCAAUGGAUUGUUUAAGCCAUUUCUUUGACUGGGAUCAACCUAUCCAGCUCCAGGAUUGCUUUAUUCCCGAUGCGGACACAACUAUCCUCGAAACCGACAGUUUCUUCUUCCAAUCUCAACCGCAACUACAGUUUCAACAGCCAUUGUUUUAAGAAGAAGCUCCUUCACAGACCCUAUUAGAGCUUACUGACUUGGACUAUUUAUGCGACCAGUUUCUUCCUCCCCAAGAAACCUGUCUGCCUUACCCUAAAACUGAAAUCUUCGACGAAACACACGACCUAAAUUCCUUCCUCCCCGCUCCAAAACUCCAGAAACUAGUUAACUCAAGCUACCAGUGCCACAAUCACAACCAUUUCUCAAGCCCUAACCCUAAUUUCUUUAACUAUUACGACGAACUUGACUUAGCUCCAGAAGCGUCCAUCUUCCCGGAACUUCAAGCUCCGGAUUUCCCCUUAGAGUUCAAGGUAGGCCGAGGAGAUGAAUACCGCAGUCACGGCACCAAGAAACCAACGCUUUCAUCUCAGAGCAUCGCAGCUCGAGAGAGAAGAAGAAGAAUUGCGGAAAAGACUCACGAGCUCACGAAACUCAUCCCAGGUGGUCAGAAACUCAACACUGCCGAGAUGUUCCAGGCCGCCGCUAAGUAUGUCAAGUUCUUGCAAAGCCAAGUUGGGAUUCUCCAAAUGAUGCAGACCGCAAAGAAGGUAAAAACAGCUCCAAAACAACAUUAUGGGUUAAUUUGAACUAUAAUCAUGUUUUCUAACAAGAUGUUUGUUAAUUUGUAGACGCAUACGUCUGAUGUGGAAAUAGAAACUCGUUUUUUACUUGGAUCACAAGCAAUCCAGGAGAAGUUAUCAACGGAUGAAGUAUGUUUGGUUCCGUGUGAAAUGGUUCGGGAUCUAGCAAGUGAAGAAUCCAUUUGGAGAAACCCUAUGAUUUUUCGAGAGAUCAACAAGUUACUGUCUACAGAUCUGGCUAACUAGUUUUAAUGUCUCAGUGCCCAAAUUGUGUCUGUCCUUGCUUAUUUGUGUCGUUAGUUUAUGUUUUGUAUUGUUCGUUAGUGGCUAAUGGUCCUGGUUAAUCUCCCCUUAACUAUGAACUAAUACUUUGUUUGUAUUAGUCUUAUGUAUUAGCUAGCGUCUAGUUGUCAAUGUAUUAGCUAUCGUGUGACAUUCUAGUUAAUGUAUGUCGCAUGUUGGAACUUUUACAUUAACAA